AUGGAUGAUCAGAACGACGAUACUAGGUCAGCAGAAACGAUGAAUCGCGCUGUGGGUCAAUUACUGAAACGGGUGCUGAUGGUACCACCGAAACAUUUUACCGUUGAGUAUACGAUAAAUCCAUGGAUGGGUGGCGUGGUGGAUAAACAGAAGGCGUUCGAUCAAUGGAAUACUUUGAAAUCAGUGAUUCAAAAAACUGGAGUUGAGGCAAGCGAAAUUUUUAAUGCGUACACAGAUAGUUCUAUAAAAUCGACGAAUGUUUUAACAUUGGACCAAGUGCAAGGACUACCAGAUAUGGUAUUCGUAUGUAAUAGUGGUUUAGUGCUAAACAAUAAGGUGUACUUGUCACGUUUCCGACAUAAGGAAAGGACUGGUGAGCAGGAGCAUUAUCUGAAAUGGUUCAAAGCGAAUGGUUUCGAGACGGUUGGUGACGAUUAUCCGGAAUUCUUUGAGGGAGGCGGCGAUGCAGUCUUUUCAACCUAUGAUACCCUUUGGGCUGCGUAUGGACCAAGAUCUAGCAAAUCCGUUAGUUCGUACCUUGAAAAUGGUGAAUGUCAAGUGAAAAUCUACUUACAAUUAGAUUCAAAU